AUGGAAACACAAACAACUGGCGCGCCGGCUGCCGCCCUGCCUGAGCACGCUCAGGCGGCGGCAGCACCCGCACCACCAAUUGUGGCAACCGAGGCCACGACCACAGUCGUGCCCUCCGCUGCGCCUCCAGGAUAUAUCCCGUUAACCGGGUUACAACUGUUUGCCAUAAUGAACCGUAUGGCCAAAGCCACCACAGCCUCUGAAAGGGAGACUGCAGAGAAGGCUUACGAACUCUUCCUAAAAUUCGAACUUGCCGCUGCGUCGCCAGGCGCAGCCAGAGAUGAGGUCUGUGUACCGACAGGAGCCCCGCCAGGCGUGUCCAAACAAGGGGACACUGCCCUGCCAGAGGCGGCCCUGAAGGGAGCAGUGCCACCAGGCUUGGUUUCCCAAGCAACCUAUGUUCUGCUGGCUGCCCCUCCAGUCCAGACCAAUCAAGAGGCUGCUGACCUGCCGUCUGCAGCACAAAAGGGUACAACAAUUCCAGAAGCGAACCUGGAACAGCUUAUUCUACAUGAAGAAGCAAUGGACGUCGCGCUGCCGUCUCGCAAGAGGCCAGCGACGACGGACGAGGACGAACCACCAGCUAGCGCGCCUUCUUCUCUCCACAGGCUGCUCCAGAAGAAGAAACAACACGCGUCAGAGGGCGCCACAGAUGAGGAGGCCGCCCAAGAAGAAGAGGGGGAGUUUGUCGUCCCCAAGCGGAGGCACACGGCUCGGGCAAAGAUGCUCGAAACCGUGGCGCCGCUGCAGACGACUAACUCCUUCGCUGCCGUCCAAGACAACAACGAGGACAUGGAGACGGGGCAGGCGCCCAUAAAACGUGCGCCUGCACCGCCUACGAUCACUAUGCAGUGUGAGGAGGACUACAACUCCUUCCUACAGCUGUUUAAAGACGUCCUCUCCCUAGCAGUUAAGACCCAGGGACAUGAUCUGUUGAAAACAACUGUCCGCUCGAUAGACGACUACCGUCGAGCCAUGAAACUCGCUCACGGGGGCUCUUACCCCGGUCGAGAUGACGACGAGGCGGCCAUAAUGACCUUCUGUAACAUCCGGAAGGCCGCUGCACUACCGAGCUCAGGGCAGCAAGAAUCGGGCGAGCCACCGAGAGCCUCGCCGGUCGCACUGCAAGAAUUUGCGGUCCCGGCGACGGCGGCCUCGAAGGGAGUUGCGCCGCUGGACUCGACCACCCAAGAGGUCGAUGCUCCCCCGGUUGCCCCACUGGCCCCGAUGUCACAAGAAGAACCCCUUGUCUCGCUACUAGACGCGCCGUCCUGCGCUGGGGACACCCCUGCGGUCUGGACGAGCGCAAAGACAGCACACGAGGCUACCGAGAUAGAGGCCAUCGACCCCCCGGACGCGAACGUUGCCGAGGCAGAGAGUCGCGAUGCAGACUAUGACGACGCCCGCGCGCCCAGGAAGCGCCGGGCUACGACACAAGACGACUCGGACACGCACUCCUCGACCUCUGACUCCGCAAGGCUGAGGAAGAAGGCACCCAGAGCCUCCCGCGCUGCCGCUGUAGCGGUUGGGAGGGCUGGAGCUAGUACUCCACAAAGUGCCGCCAAGGCACUACACCCGAAGAGGACACAGCAGCCCACUGCGACAGAUGCUGCCUCCAGGCAGCCUGAUGGGGACGGCUUUGUUGCCCCACCUAGGAGGCACACCGCCAGGGCUCCCGCACUGCAGCCACCGCAGCCGCUGCAGACCACAAACGCGUUCGCAGGGGCGAACGCUGACGAGAUGGAGGACGACGAGGCGCCUCUGGUGCCGCCACAGAGGAAGCCGCCGCCCCCACCGCCUAUCGUCGUCCAAUGGGACGGCGCGUACAAAGAUUUCGAGCAAAAGCUCGUCAGGGUGGCCGCGUCAACCACCCUCAAGGCUGCCGGCCGCGACCUCUACAAGGUCACGGUCGCGACGCAUGAGGAAUAUCGUGCGGUUAUGGACGCCAUCUGCAAGGACGGCCUCCAUUGCUACACUCACCCCUCUGAGCCGCUCAAACUCGUGAAGGUGCAGCAGCAGCAGCAGCAGCAGCAGAAGGCCCGCACCAGCUGA